AAAAACCACUACUUCCAAAUUCAUUCGUUUAAAAACUACUUAUACUCACCGCACUCUCUCCCACUACUGUCACCGUCUCCGACACCCCCUCCUCUCUCUCUCUCUCUCUCUCUCUCUAGAAGCGAUGGCAGCGAAGCGUACAUUCGCCUUUGCAUUUUUGUGCAUCAUAGUCGCCGGCGUCGGAGCUCAGUCUCCGGCUGCCGCGCCGACCACGUCUCCGGCGACUACAGCUUCACCACCUGCCACUGCGACGGCGCCUUCGAAGCCAAAGUCUCCAGCUCCGGUGACGACUCCGGUUGCUGCAUCUCCGUCGACGACUACGGUUCCUCCGGCUGCUGCUCCGACGACACCUGCUGUUCCGGUGCCGGUAUCGGCUCCUCCGGCUACUACUCCGGCGACUUCACCACCUGCUCCGGUGCCGGUCAGCUCUCCUUCCUUGCCUCCGCCUGCGAAAUCUCCUCCUGCUCCAGCUCCAGCACCGGCAACUCCGCCAGCUGCUACGCCUCCGGCGCCGGCUUCUGCACAUCCGGCGAAAGUUCCAGCUCCGGCACCGAGCAAGAAGAAGACUAAGAAGCACAAUGUACCUUCGCCGGCACCGGCUCCGGCGUUGCUUGGACCUCCUGCGCCGCCGAGCGAAGCCCCUGGACCAGGUCUUGAUUCGGCCUCGCCUAGUCCAGCUCUGGCUGAUCAGAGUGGAGCAGAGAAAUCGAAAUGCGUAGAGAUGGUGGCGGGAAGCUUGGUACUGGGGUGCGCGUUGUUCGGUUUGCUCUUCUAGAGAAAUAUACGAAUAAAAGAAAACUCAAAACAAAAUCUUUGUCCACAAUUUCACUUAUAGUUGUUCAUGAUCUCAUAUUGAAAUAUUUUGUUAAUUAUUCGUUUCUUUGUAUUAUUAAUUAUUAUUCAUUGGCUUGAUAUGGAUUUGGAUGGGAGAAUUUACCACAUUGGCUUUGUAAUCUUGGGCAGAAUUUGAGGGAAAACUUGUAUUAAACGUUUCUAUGCAUUACUAUGUAUUCCCUUUCGACCA